AACCGAACCCGAAAAUCCUCGGGCGGUCUGGCUUUCAAUUUGAGAAUAGGGGAUUGAUGGGUGGCCAAGCCAAUGGUCGGAAAAUAAUGUAUGUUUUCUUAUUAUGAUGAAGGGAAAGAAAGCGAGGAGAGAGAGACAUACGGUGACACAGAGAGACAGAGGAAGAUGGAAUCCACCGGGCGGAACGGGGACGGGUUUAUUAUGCAAGGAGCUUCGACCACUGCUGUUCUUGCUGCUGUUGCUGUUGGUGGUACACUACAUGUAACUACAUGCACACUACACUGAUGCUGCCCAACAACAUCAAGUCUAACCUCGGAUGGUAAUUCACUUCCCC